GAGUGGAGCAUGAGAGGAGCUGUUGUACCUGCUGCUCUCACUGCUCAAAUAUUAACAACGGGUUUCUGGGAACCGAUGCCGCUGCUCUGGGACAAGCCCAAACUGUGGAGGCAGCCGGGCUCAGUGGUUUGUGGACAGGCAGUCUGCUGCUGCUGCUGCUGGAGGCACCGCUGCAUCUAAGAGUCUGAUGGAGGAGGAGGUCACAGAGCCCGAUCCUCAGACAGUGGAGCCCACCGGCAUGCCGCCGCCGCCGCCGCUGCCGGGGACACACUCUGAGGUAAAUGGAGACUUGCCGGGCAACCCAUACCUGAGGGACGGGGCGGUGGUGGUGGACGUGAUGGAGAGUCCGGCGAGGGAGCCUGUUGUGCUGCAGGAUCCUGCUGAGUACAGCCAAAGCCACCAGUAUGGGGAGAAGAUGCCGUUCCACCAUGUGACGGCAGGCCUGCUCUACAAAGGGAAUUACCUGAGCCGCUCGCUGUCAGACAGUGACAGCGACGUGCUGGCCAGCAUCUCUGUGGAGGAGCUUGGCGAGAUCCGGGAGGCGUUUAAGGUUCUGGAUCGUGACGGAAACGGGUUCAUUUCCAAACAGGAGCUGGGUAUGGCCAUGCGCUCUCUGGGUUACAUGCCCAGUGAGGUGGAGCUGGCCAUCAUCAUGCAGAGACUAGACAUGGAUGGUGAUGGACAGGUCGAUUUCAACGAGUUCAUGACGAUCCUCGGACCCAAACUGCUGUCGUCUGAGACGAGAGAAGGUUUCCUGGGCAACACAAUAGACACCAUCUUCUGGCAGUUUGACAUGCAGAGGAUCACCCUGGAGGAGCUGAAACACAUCCUGUUCUACGCCUUCCGCGACCACCUGACCAUGAAGGACAUCGAGAACAUUAUCAUCAACGAAGAGGAGAGCCUGAAGGAAAACUCUGGGAACUGUCAGACAGAGUUUGAGGGAGUUCACCCCUCGAAGAAGAACCGUCAGACGUGUGUGAGGAAGAGCCUCAUCUGCGCCUUCGCCAUGGCAUUUAUCAUCAGCGUCAUGCUCAUCGCGGCCAAUCAGAUGUUGAGGAACGGCAUGGAGUAGCCUGCGCCCACUGUGAGCGGGGAACAAGCCAGCCUGCAUGUGCAUGCCAGUGGGUGAGGUCAUAUCCCUUCUGAUAGGAAAAGAACUACAAGGAAAUAACGCUCAUAAUAAUCAUCAACAACAAAACCCAUUUUUGAAAUUAUUUUUUCGAACGAGUGGCACCUCUCCACCAACGAUGUCCACUGAAACCGUGAAGCCAGCAUGGGGAGUCAUGCAGGACUCCUCCCCCUUUACUCUUGACAGGGACUCUCAAGGGCUGACAUUACACAUAACACUCUGUCGUGUCUGUUUCCCUGAUGCAAUGCAAUAAAAAAAAUGUAAAAGAGAAGAAAAAAAAACAACAACAAAGAAAAAAAAAAAAUGCUGAGUGCACGAGUUCAGAGCUGCUUUUCCAGCAGGCGAGAUGUGACGUGUAUGUCUGCAGAUCUGUCAACCACCAGGAGUCUGAUGAGCCACCAGGGUCUGCAGUCUGGGCCCCCCGAGAGAGUGAGGCAAGCAGAGGGAAGGAGAAGGGGAACAAUUGCCCUCCUAUUAUAAUUCCUGGAAGGAUGAUGGCAGAGCUCGCCGCCACUCAAGUAGAAGGAUCUGUAUGUGUCAAGCCACAGCUCCCGGAGCUCUCAUGGUGCUACGAUACUUCAGCUCUCCGACUUUCUAUUUUCAACUACUGCGUCUGUGGGCUGGUCUGAGGUGCUGGCAUCACUUCAUCAGUCCUGCAAACCGAGCAAUCAAGCGAGUAGAAUAUUGGACGGUAACUGUGGAGGUUUGAGUCUUGGCUUGUUGAUAUUCGUGAAUGAAUUCAGAGACUCUUGGUUGAAGGUUUGGUUGGUUUCUCCUGGACGCUGUUGUGUUGAACGCUGUUCAGAGUGCAGGGAAGGUUUGAGUGUCCUAUUAGAGGCAAAAAAUCCCUUUCAGUGCUCUCACACUGUUAUAUAUCAUCUGUCUGUGGCGCUCAGUGCACUCUAUUCUCACUGUUUUCCAAGGUGAUUUAAUUCUACUUUGCACACUCUCCGCCUGCCUCGUCUACUUCUGCCUCAGUUGGUGAUUUUCCUACAUUUCCCGAAAUUACUUUGGACAGCUCCCAGAGGACGGGUGUGAACCUGCCGCCUUCGGCUGUGUGCUAAUGGAGAGAGUGGAAAAAGGGACAAUGGUAGGGGGCAAAAUAUCAUGAGGUUUCCCAGCCGGCAAAGCCCAAUUUGAAGCUUUUACUCUGAAAGUCUUGUGGCUGAGAUUCAGCCUGGCUUCUUGACAGAUUUCCACCUGCCUGUCUGUUGGUGUCACUGCUUGAUGGAGCUUUUGUUCUUCCAACUUGAGGGACUGACACCAAAACACAACAUGUCAUUAGUCUUUUUUAAAUACUGUCCUCAAACUCAGCACUGAUGCCCACAUCGACCAAGAAAACAGAGCCACCGACAGAGGAUUUCUAACAGUGUGUCAGGGAUUUUUUUUCCUCCAAUCAACACAAAUGAAGUAAAUGAAUUAAAACUUAGUGCUGUGAAAAGUUGAACCCCCCUUUUUAAGUCCCCUGCACAAAUUCUUAAUUAUAAUUUAAAGUUUUUGUGAGCGUUAUGUUUCCGUUUACAUUCAGUUCCAAUCAUUUUUUUAAUGUGUGAGUUGUGAUUAGUUGUGUGCACCUCUCUCUCUCACACUUUAUAUGAAUCUGAAUCCUGCAAAUAUUCCACCACAACAUUCGUUUCCUAGCUUUUGCUGCUUGUAGAUUAACUGGAUUAAUCAUCCAUUUUGAUCGUAGUUAAUCAUUUCAGUCACUUUCUUGAGCAAUAACGGCAAAAGAAAAUCAGCGUGUGUGAUUUCUAUAUUUACUUUAAUCCUAACUUUUUUUAAUUUAGGACCUUCCUGUUUGAAAGCACAGUGUAGACAGACAGUUGUGUUCAAUCUUUGGGGAUGUAAACUUCCUCACAGCACUGAAUGAUUUAAAGAUUUAAAGAUGUAAGAUGAGGUCGACUCUGAGCUCCUGCACUCGCUCUCAUCUCAUGUGUGACCCCAGCCGGGGGAGGGGGGAUCAGAAACACCCAUAUUAUCAAAGUGCAUGCGAUCAAGUCAGUGUCUUCUGUAAAUACUGUAACCCACGUCUGCAGUGUCUCUAAGUGUCUGUUUUGAAGGUGUACAGUUUCUCCGUGUGUGCAUGACUGUCGGUGCCCUCUGCUCACUCGGGUACGGAGGUGCAGGGAGGGGAAGAUGAGCAGAUAGACGAACACGUCAGACGCAGGCGGUGAAGGCCCUUUCUGCUUCCUCUCAACCCUCUUGCCAAAGCCAUAGAACUCCGCAGAGGUGAAACCGGACGACGGCGUGUAGAGGUUUUCCCUGUUUCCACGUAGAAACACAAGAUCACACCGGUCUUCUGUGGCAGAAACACGUCUGCCAUGUAGGACUUGGUUUGUUCCUGUGCCUGUUGUUUUUGCACUGUACCUGUCACCCAUUCCAAUAAAAUGACAACGAGGGCUGUAGUUAUGUGCAAGAGUGCCAUCUAGAGGUUGAAGUGAGAUCACAUUGUCCAUGCUGUCCUGUCAGUGUUUGUGUAUUUCUCUCUCUCUCUCUUUCUAAGCUUUAUGGGAAUGUGAUUCUCUCACAGCAUCGUGUUCACAAUGUCUGGCAGUUUGUUGAUCUUUAAUGUUGAAAUAUGAGGAUUUUUAUGUCUAAUGUAAAGGUUGACUUUGAUCUACCGACACUGCAGGUAGAGCAGCACUUGUACGUGAACACAUAUUUAAACACGGUGUAUUUAUAGGAAUAGAUUUCUUGCCUAUGGCAGAAAAAGUCCUUCUGAACCACAGAUGGUUUACCCAGACUACAUUUUGGAGACUUUGUCUGCAAACCUUGUAGGUCACACUGGUUUUGUUUUUUUGUUUUUUUUAUGAUCUGACACUGAUUUUCUUUUUUGAACCUCUCAGUCUUGCAGUAUUGGUGGAAAUUUCCCGCCACAGCGAGUCACUGCUGCCAUGUAGUGGUUAACUGGAAAAGUGUUUUAUGGUUUAUUUGUUCUCUGAGAAGAACU